GGCAUCAAGUAAAAGUAUGGACGUGAGCAGUGAGACCGGCAUUUCCAUGCUGAUAGAGACGGCUGUGCUUCACUUAUGUUAAUUCUCAAUUUCGUUUCUCUUGCAAAAUAUCUUAAAAGAGUGGAGUUUGAUCUGAUCUGUGGCAAAAGUGUUCACUUAAUUACUUGAGAAGACUACAAUAAAAUAAAAUUAAAAUUCAUUCCAUACCCAUUAGUGAUGUUCUAAUAAAAGACUAAGAAAGUAUAAAAAAAUUGAAAAAAUCGGCAAAAUGACACAGAUGACUCAAGAUGAGAUCAUAAGCAACACAAAAACAGUUCUACAGGGACUAGAAGCUCUUCGUGUUGAACAUGCAUCUCUAAUUACUAGUAUGGGGGAUGCGCAUAAAGAUGAUGAAAAGUCUUAUAUUAUUAAGAAGAAUAUUGAACACAUUGAAUUGGGUUUAAGUGAAGCACAAGUUAUGAUGGCUUUGGCCUCCCAUCUGCAAAACGUAGAGGCUGAGAAACAGAAACUCAAGACGCAAGUUCGGCGUCUACAUCAAGAAAACGCCUGGUUACGAGAUGAAUUAGCAAAUACACAGCAAAAAUUUCAAGCUUCGGAACAAUUAGUUGCUCAACUCGAAGAAGAGAAAAAACAUUUGGAAUUUAUGUCAUCGAUUAAAAAAUAUGAUGAGAAUCAGGAACAUGAAGACGUUAGCGAAAAGCCAAGACCUGAUCCUGUUGUCGAGCUAUUUCCAGAUGAAGAGAAUGAAGAUCGAAACAAUAUUUCUCCAACUCCACCAAGUCAAUUCUCCAAUCAAUCUUCCGGUUAUGAGAUCCCAGCACGAUUGAGAACUCUUCAUAAUUUAGUUAUUCAAUACGCCUCACAAGGAAGAUAUGAAGUUGCUGUUCCUCUCUGCAAGCAAGCUCUUGAAGAUCUCGAAAAGACUAGUGGUCAUGAUCAUCCAGAUGUAGCCACAAUGUUAAAUAUAUUGGCUUUGGUAUACAGAGAUCAGAAUAAGUAUAAGGAAGCCGCUAAUUUACUUAACGAUGCUUUAUCAAUUCGAGUAAAAACUUUGGGUGAGAAUCAUCCUGCUGUGGCAGCAACUUUAAAUAAUUUGGCAGUUUUGUAUGGUAAACGGGGCAAAUAUAAAGAUGCCGAACCGUUGUGUAAACGAGCGUUAGAGAUUCGGGAAAAAGUGCUUGGAAAGGAUCAUCCAGAUGUUGCAAAGCAAUUAAACAAUUUGGCAUUGCUCUGCCAAAAUCAAGGCAAAUACGACGAAGUUGAAAAAUAUUAUCAAAAGGCAUUGGAAAUUUAUGAAUCUAAACUUGGCCCUGACGAUCCAAAUGUUGCCAAAACGAAAAAUAACUUGGCAAGCUGUUACUUGAAACAAGGAAAAUACACAGAAGCAGAAAUUUUAUAUAAACAGGUCCUAACAAGAGCUCACGAGCGGGAAUUUGGAGCCAUUGACAGCAAGAAUAAACCCAUUUGGCAGGUGGCUGAAGAAAGAGAGGAACAUAAGCAUGAUAAUAGGGAAAAUACACCAUACGGAGAGUAUGGUGGAUGGCAUAAAGCCGCUAAAGUUGACUCUCCAACCGUAACUACAACCCUAAAAAAUUUGGGAGCAUUAUACCGCAGACAAGGAAUGUUCGAAGCCGCUGAAACCCUAGAAGAUUGUGCCUUACGUAGUAAAAAGGAGGCGUUGGACUUGGCCAAGCAAGCCAAAGUGACUCAGUUAUUGAAUAGCAGCGAUAAAAGAAGAUCCAGAUAUUUUAAAGAGGAGGCUGACCAUCCUGAAGAGAAAUAAUACAAGUGUCUGAAUGUAAUUAUCAUUAAUCACAGAUGUCGCAGAUGUAUCAUGUUAUUACGUAUUUUUUUUAAUAUCUGGCCGACUUGCAUGUAUGUAUACUCAUUCCACACAACCUUUAUAAAAUGCUUUUAAAAUACCAAAAUAAAAGUCAGUUAUUAUACUAAAGGA